AUGCAUUGGGUGCGUGUACUCGUGACCUUCACCGUAAGUGACCUAGUUUGAGGAUAUAAUACCCCUAUGGGCUCUUCCCUUGCACAUUUCAUCAGCUCGUAACCAGUAAAAGUGGUUUUCUCCUUCACUAGAACAGUACAAUGGCUCUUACGCUUAAAAAAGUGCUUAUUAGUGAUGAGGUUGAUCCCAAAUGCGUCCAGAUACUUCAAGCAAACGGGGUUGACGUCGUAAAGGACACUAAAUUAACCAAAGAGCAACUCAUUCAAGAAAUCCCGAAAUAUGAUGGUCUUAUCGUUCGGUCAGCCACAAAAGUUACUGCUGAUGUCAUUGCUGCAGCCAGCAAUCUGAAGAUUAUCGGCCGCGCUGGAACAGGGGUGGAUAAUAUUGACUGUGAUGCUGCCACCAAGAAGGGAAUUAUUGUGAUGAACACACCAGGGGGUAAUACGCUGAGUGCCGCAGAGCUAACAUGUACCAUGGUCUGUGUCCUUAGCAGGCAAGUUCCACAAGCCAACGACUCUCUGAGAGCAGGGCGCUGGGACAGGAAAAAAUUUAUGGGGUCAGAAAUUUUUGGCAAGACCCUCGCCAUUGUGGGCUUAGGCAGAAUUGGAAAGGAGGUUGCCACUAGGAUGCAGUCUUUUGGAAUGAGGACGAUAGGUUUUGACCCUAUCAUUCCAGCGGAUGUGGUGGCAGAGUUUGGGGUGGAGUGGAUGUCUCUAGAAGAGCUGUGGCCCUUGGCUGAUUACAUUACUGUGCAUACUCCCCUUAUACCAAAAACAAAAAAUAUGAUAAAUGCUGAAGUAUUUUCUAAGUGUAAGAAAGGAGUCAAGAUAAUUAAUGUCGCCAGGGGUGGAAUUGUAGACGAGGAGGCAUUGCUGGAAGCACUGAAUGCUGGGAUAUGUGGUGGGGCAGCUCUCGAUGUGUUUAUACAGGAGCCACCAAAAGAUUUCACGCUGGUACAGCACCCCCUGGUGGUGAGUACGCCACAUCUUGGCGCCAACACGACAGAAGCUCAGUCCAGAGUGGCGGAAGAAAUAGCGCAGCAGUUUGUAGAUGCCAUGCAGGGAAAGAGUUUAUUUGGGGCGUUAAAUGCUCAAGCCUUAAGCAAUGCUCUCAGCCCAGCAACUCAACCCUGGGUUACCCUGGGGGAGGCCCUGGGGAGAUUGGCAGCAUCCCUGGCAGGGGAGGUGAACAGCAAUACCCAGGUGCAAGUUAUAACGUAUGGUGAGUACAGAAUGCAGUGUAGACUAAUAGAACAUAGGAUAGCUAGAAUGUAAGUGGUGACUUGUUGA